AUGGAUGCACAGUACCCCUUUGCUUCCCGUGACGACAUCUGGCGUGUCCUGGACGAGCUCAAGGAGCUCCACGAAGCACAGUACGAGCAGGCUGAACGCAUCGCACGCCUGGAGCGACGCAGAGACGAGGAUGCGCGCAUGAAAAGUGUCUGGGGUCCUUUGUCGCCGUUUCCGAGCUCCGUGGCCGGUCCCAUUCCUACAGAGCCCGCCUUUCACUCCCCCCCGGACGCUUUCAAGGGAUUCGACCAAGGUCAGCACGGCAUGGGGAGCUCAGCGGUGGGCCUGGAUGGCGACGAUGAGCCCCGGCGGGGCGCAUCGAGGGCCAAUAGUGUGCGGUUUGAUGAGAGCGCUAUUCACGGGUACUACGGGCAGGCCAACCGGUCCAGCACUGAGCUGCCCCUACGGACUGAGCUCAUCGGGACACUCUCAUCACUCGGCACGUACCAACAGUCUGGGACUGGAGACGACCAGCAGAAUGAUGGGGUCAUCCUUCAGCAGCUCGCCACUGAUCCCCCCCCUCCGGGCUUGUUUCUGCUGGGACCGGCACCUUGCAUCAUUCGGUGCUGGCUGACCACGACCUUCUCGAAUGAUUCUCUCCUGUAUGCGGCCGUCUGUUCAGGGUCCUACGGUUCAUCUUUGGGGACGGCGAUGAUCCGCAAGUUCGGCUUGGAGGAUCUCGUUAUGCACGAAGGUGACCAGCCAUUCAUCAAGCUUCCACUGUACCUCCCCGAAGCCAGUGUGCACCAGUCUUCGUCACGCCCUGGCAGUCCUACGCCCCAGCUUCCUUCGUUGAACAUUCGGUUUUCGGUUAGCGAGACAGAGGCCAGCGACGACUGCAUUCAGAUCAUCCUGGGGAGUGAUGUGCUGCGGUCCCACAAUGCAGAUAUUCUCUUCUCACAGGACAAGAUCGUCAUGGUUGACGAAGACCACAACAGGAUUUCUAUCCCGAUUGUACGCCCUGAGAAAGACUCCAUGUUCAAGUCGCUGGCCACUGUUCGUCUCCAGGCAGGACCACACGCCAGUAACGAGCGCAGUUCCAACCAGGUGAUUGACAAACCUACAACCACUUUCCCUAAACAAAGCACGUCUGCACCCGCUUCGGCUCGCGUCUCAGUUAGCGAAGCCGACGAAGCCCGCAGACCCCGCCUGCCAGACCCCGAGCCUGUCGAGACGCCACCCACAUCAGCCACAUCCACCGAGUCCGCUUCUACCGUGCCGCCAACCAAGCAGGAAAACGCCGGAGCCGGCAUCUGGGGCUCCUGGCGCCGUGAUUCAAAGCUCGACCCCAACGCCGCCGCCGCCGCAGCAGGGAAAGCAUCCCGAGGCCGAACGAUGAAAGUCCUCCGUCCAAGCAAGCCUCCCAACCGCCCAAGCUCAAGCUCAACUUCCACCCCAACUAGCGCAACCAUAGACCACGCCGAAGGCUCAGUUGACCACCUGCCGACUGACUCGACGCGUCCUGCACCGCAAGCCGGCGACGAGAAUCGCUCCAGCAAGUCCUUCGCGACGAAUCCCGUCGGAGGCGCCUCGGCGUUUGGAUGGCUUAAUUCGGGUCACGCAGCGGAUCGCACGGCGAAUGCGAAAUCCUAG